AUUAUAAUGAAAAGACUCAUCUUAAAUCUGGCAUUAAUUUGCUUCCUAAUAGAAACUCUUUCAGCAAAAUUAGUGGGUGAAAAAUUAUACAAAACGGAAAAUAAUAAAUUGUAUUAUAUAGAUGAAAAUUACAAGUAUUCCUGGUAUGAAGCUUUUCUGCAAUGUUCUCUCAAGAAAAUGUCUUUAGCGACACUAGAAACUCUGGAGGAGCACGAUGCUAUAUCGAAAAUUUUAAAAGAUGACAAUUUUAGCCACCAUGGUCCACAUUUGUGGAUUGGUGCAGUGGGUGGCAAUCGUCUUUUUUCUUGGGUCUCAAAUAGCCAGCCAGUUUUCACUACCAAAUGGAUUCCCGGUAAUCCAGAUAAUUAUCUUCAAGAAGAGAAUUGUUUACAUUUUUGGGAAAAUACUACAGAAUUAAAUGAUCGGAAAUGUGAUUAUAAAUAUGGUUUUAUAUGUGAGGAAACCGUAAGCAGAGAGGAGGUGGCAAUUAAUCAUGAAAAAUAUAAAAGUGUUGCAUUAAGUAUUGUUAUCAAUAAUGAGAAGUAAAAAAAAGUAAACUGAAA